GCAUCCCGUGGGGCUCCGCUGAAUUGGCGGUCUAGAUAACUACCGGAGAGACUGGAGAGACAGUUUCCAGACAGGAGUACAUAAUGCCAGAUCACAUUGAUCAAACCCCUAAAAUCGAGACCUUAAUCCUUUGGUUCUUCCAGCAAACAUUGUGUUCCUUUGCCAGGGUCCCAUAUUUGAAUGUUUCCCCAGUGAAUUUCUUCCGUUCCUGGCCUUUUGACCUUUGCUGUGUGCGUGGCGGAAGGCCGGGGCGGCUGUCCCACGGUUACCAGCCGCCCCUGAACCCGACAAAAUGCAGUCGCAAUUAUGUGUUAAUUGUUACUGCCUGUUCGCUGUUCGCAACGAGUUUGAUGUUCCACAGGGGUUUCACCAUUGAUAGUUUAUCGAUGAAGAUACGAAUAGCUUAUCGAUCAACUUUUAAAUCUCCAUGGCUCUCUGGCCAAAAUGUCAGCUGCUUCUUCGGACAUCCAAACCUCAGAGCGUUUUGGUACUUCGUUGUCCACAAUCAACAUGAGUUUCGUGGGGAAUUGAACAGUCCCGUGCAGGCGAUGACGACGAUCCGAAAACGGGGUCCACGAGGGCCGAGGAGAGUAAAACUCCGGCAGACGGUGCCAGACACGUCUCCCAUGAAAUAUUUUAUUAUCCGCAUGCGUACGGCGUACGUGAGGAUAUAAUCAACCAUGGAUCAUUAAGUCAGCUGGGUAAUAAUGGCGAGGGCCAAAAUUUGGGGGCAUCUUGUGGUUCUUUCAUCAAUAUUUUGAUCCUUGUAUCAAUCAAGGCAACAACGCGGUUCAAUGCUUUGCGUGGCCUUGACACCGCGAUGGGGUUGAUCGGCCAUUGCGACAUCUGAUAGACAUGGAGAGCGGUUCUGACAGACGUCA